AUGUCUUCUACAAAUUGAGGAAGUGAUUCAGCUUAAAACACUUUCAAAAAUGUGGAAAGUGAACAACCAAAUGCCUGUGAGGCAGAGAAACAACUUCCACUUGCUGAUGUCAGCAUAAUUUCUCAGGUGGAAACAAAUAUAUAAAGCUCAUAAGGCUUCCAAAAAGAUAAAUGUAACCAAGCCACAGAAAAUAACCAAUCAGAAGCAGGGAAGACUCAAAAUGAUCCACCAAAUGAAUUUAUAGAUGACCUACUUCCACUACAGAUACUUAUUCCUAGAAAGCUGACAUUUCCAAGGGUAAGAGUAUUUAGAAUUGAGUAUCCACAACCACAAAGUCAUGAAGAUGAUUUUGUGUCAGAUAAAAUAAUGUUUUAUCCUAGAAAAAUGGAGAUGGAAAUAAGUGAUUACUUUCACAAUUCUAUACGAAGGCUUUUGUGAGUGGAUUAUUACUAUCCACUUAUUGAAAGAAUGACUCAAAGAAAAAAUAGUAAGUCCUAUCAAAACAAUGGAAACCACCCUUCUGUGAGCCCAAGGUUCUACAUACCAAAUGUCCAAACUCAGAAUAUUGUUCAUAAAAUACUUGUUAGAAAUAAUUUGAGAACUCAUCACAAACUGAGAUUAGUAAUCCUAAAUUAUAAUAAAAAUUGGAAAUACUGUGGGUGUGGUUUCAACAACUUUCAAUAUUUUAAAAAUCAUUCAUGCAAAUUUUCUGAGUAUUAA